GCCAAAUCCUUGUAUGGAGUUUCACCUGUCCUAUAUAUCCCGCUCGCCGUCCAGAGAAAUUCAUGAAAUAUCAAGCCAUCAAUCAAUCAGCUUUCUUCAAUUAUCUCUAUACCUAUAAAGCAAAAUACGUCUCAUCAGUGUCCUCUUCUCUCUGGCUCUCGCCUCCACCACCAUGGCAUGGACAUGUACCAUCUCCGAAGCGGUGUGCAAUGAAGCUGCCGAAAACCAAGGCACGGUAAUAAAUCCUUGAUACUUCUCCGGCUAUAGAAUCGCUUGCUAAUCCCGUGACAGUUUGCUCAAUCAUGGCAGUGUAAUCCCACGGCUAAGAUCAAUACUUGUACUUAUGACGAUGGCCAAACGUUUACCGGGGGCAAGGAGUAGAUGUCAUAUCACUCUGAUAUGGAAACUGGUGGAUCGUGUACUGUGAACAGGGGGAGCGAAACAGGCGUUGUGGUGGAAUAAAAUGGUUGUUUACGACCUCUGGAGCUUUGAAAGGGAUUGACAUGCUUCUGGAUUGUAGAUAGACUAUCCCAUAUCUAGGAC